AAACUGUCAUCACUAGUUUUAUUUCUGCAUUCGCUUUGCCAUUUUGGCUGCCAACAAUUUUUCCAUCAUUUCCCAAAUUGUUGAGUUAAAAUGAGCACACCCACCAAAAACAAUGGCACUGGCUUAGAGGAUGUUAAUAUACCCGGUCAAGCGUUCCUGCGCGAGGCGCUCACUUCCUGCACAGAUCCGCUGAAGGCCAUCGAAAGUUUCCAGUUGGAGAAUGGCGUCUUGUUGCCGUCGUUGCGCCCCAUGCUGCCACUAUUGGACUUGCAUGGCGUUCGUCGUCUAGACUUUCACACCUCGCUCAUGGAGGAGCUGCGCGACAAGCUGAUCGCGCACAUCAACGAUCUUGGCCAGAAAGAGCCUCGCGAGCGUGACAAGAAGCUCAAGGAGCUGCUGGUCAAAAGCUUCCCCGUGGUGCGCGUCAAGUCACUGCGUCCCGUCGUCAUGGCCAUCUUGCGGAACACCCAGCACAUCGAUGACAAAUACUUGCGAAUCUUGGUGCGCGAUCGUGAGCUCUAUGCAGACACGGACACCGAGGUCAAGCGUCAAAUAUGGCGCGACAACCAGUCGCUGUUCGGUGACGAGGUGUCGCCACUGCUGUCCCAGUACAUUCGCGAGAAGGAGCACAUUCUCUUCGACCACACGAAUCUCAACAAUUUGUUCUUUCAGCCCACGCCCAAGGUGCGCAGGCAGGGCGAGGUUGUCCAGAAGCUGGCCAACAUGAUCGGCACCAGUGUCAAGCUCUACGACAUGGUUUUACAGUUUCUGCGCACGCUCUUCCUGCGCACACGCAACGUUCACUAUUGCACACUGCGCGCUGAGCUGCUGAUGGCGCUGCACGAUCUGGAAGUGCAAGAGAUCAUCUCGAUAGAUCCGUGCCACAAAUUCACCUGGUGUCUGGAUGCCUGUAUCAGAGAGAAGAAUGUGGACAUUAAGCGCUCGCGCGAACUGCAGGGCUUCCUCGACAACAUCAAGCGUGGCCAGGAGCAGGUGCUGGGCGAUCUGUCGAUGACCCUGUGCGAUCCCUAUGCCAUUAACUUCUUGGCCACCUCGGUCAUUAAGAUACUACAGCAUCUGAUCAACAACGAGGGCAUGCCCAGGGAUAAUCCGAUAUUGAUUCUAUUGCUGCGCAUGCUGGCACUCGGCCUCAGCGCUUGGGUCAUGAUCGAUUCGCAGGACUUCAAGGAGCCCAAGCUCGACGCCCAGGUGGUGACCAAGUUUCUGCCGGCUCUCAUGUCGCUUAUGGUCGACGAUCAGUGCCGCAGUCUGCACGGCAAGCUGCCGCCCGACGAGCGCGAGUCUGCCUUGACCACCAUCGAGCAUUCGGGUCCUGCUCCAGAAGCUGUCGAGACCUACAUUCAGGAGAGCUCGGUCUCCAGCAUUCUGGCUAUGUAUUACACGCUGCACACAGCUCGCACCAAAGAUCGCGUGGGCGUGCUGCGCGUGCUGGCCAUUCUGUCAGGCUGCAAGGACGAUCGGGCCUACGAGGAUCCCUUCCUGCACUCGUUGAUCGCGCUGCUCAUACCCAUGAGCGAUGAGUUCGGCACCGAAGACUUUUGCACCACACUCUUCGAUGAGUUCAUCUUUGCCGGCCUCACGCGUGAGAAUGUGACAUCGCGGCACAUGCUGAAGCUGCUCUGGUAUGUCCACAACAAGCUGCCCGCUGGCCGCUUGGCGACCCUAAUGAAGGCCAUGCAGCCGACCACGGCGCACAACGAGCACAUUCACAAGCUCUACGAGUCGCUGCAGGAGCGCAUUGCAACUGGCAUAGCAGCAACAGUUAUACAGGCAACACCUGCUGCUGUAGCUGCGACUGAAUUCGACUCGCCCAUGAAGAAUCUGGGCACUCCGGGUCCGCACUAUAGUCCCCAAUAGCCGGAAGCAUUGGCAGCAGCAG